CUUUCAAGGAUAUCGUAGCAAUGCGCAUCUUCCGUCCCUAAAAUGGGCCAAACAAUCCCUGAAUAGGCAUAAGGCCGAUGAACAGACUAAUUCAGGAGAGACUUAUCUGAUGUAUGGAAACAUGCUUAGUAUGGAGUGCGCUCCGAACAGAGGACAGACACACUCUGAUAGGCGCAUUGUACGGAGGAGGAAUUGAGGAGCCGCAAGGAUCUGCAGAAGAUCUCGUAUUGAUAUGCGUUCACUUGACACCCUCAAUUUGUGUCAAGUCUCCAGGAGAUGUCGCUCCCCGAAGGCUACCCACUGCAAUUCGGGCAUUUGCAUACGGAGUACGGAGUACAUACUUUUGGACUCGCUAGCUGGAGACCCUUUGGGCAGAGCGGAUCCAUAGAGCUCCAUGCCGCAUGGGCUAGGGGGAAAUGCGAUGGCCGGAAGUGUGUUCCGUAUCGUUAUGUCACACCAGAACAGUCGGUGUAUAUUACAGAGAGUAUACUCCGUAACUCCGUACGGAGUACUGACUUCGGUACGGCACUUUACACCAGGGCUGACGUUUGCCGUCUGCCACGGCGGCUGCUUACCUAAGGUCACUCUGAAACUUCGAUUGAAAGUCUGAAGUUGGUGAGAAAAAGCAACGAUUGACAACAUCAGCCCUGACACCGACAACCCAUGGCCUAGCUGUUCUUUGCCUGGGUCUGGCGACGCAGUAUCAUUAUUUUCCCCCUCCCCUUUACUUUCACCUCCAUCUGUACAUUCCAACCGCCUCCUUCGAGCUCCGCACUCUCCUCCCCCCAGUCGUCCAUUCCUUGGCCAUCGGCUGCCAAGUGGAUUUGGACGUUGAAAACCGGCUCUCUUGUCCAUGACACGACCAGGAGGAGCGGCAAGGAAGAAUCACCACGGUAACCGCCACGAGAAUAGCCAUGCCUUCUCCGGGAAAAAGGUUGCAAAACAGAAGUCGAAUGGCCAUCUGAAUGGAACACCAAACGGCCAGCACCGAUCGGACUUGCCUGCCCUCACUCCUCGCAACACCUCCGGACCGCAGCAGCAACCAGCAUUGCCCUCGACCGCGAGUAACAAGCCGAAUGGGGACGUGGAGGGACAGAGAAUGGAGUCCAAUGGGCAGGUUCAGGUCAACGGGCACGGGAAGGGCGAGCAGGUCCUGCCCAACGGUCACGCGUAUUCGUCGAACGGCGCGAUGUCAGACACCAGAGUUGAAGACCAGGCGUCUCGCCGGUUGGAGAAAACAAUCGGCUCGACGUCGAACGUCAAAAAGCCAUACGCAGGUAAAUCCGUCAAUCCGUUUCACCUCGCCUCCACAAUCCUCAAAGCUUGCCCGAUGGCCGAUACGAUCGCGAUUCUCAUCUUCCUCCUUCAACUCCCGCCUAUCGUGCUUACCUUGGUCCAAUUUCUCUACGCGUCGAUGACUUUCAUGCUGCCAGCGGGCGUAUCGACCGGUCCACUCACGUCGAAUUUCGAUAUCUUCCAAGGCCCUGCCGGUACACCUUCUCUCGGAACAAUGAUCGCGAUGGAUGCGUUUUGUCUACUGGUCUGGGGCCUCUUUAUGUGGAACUGGGCUCGGAAUUUCGCCAUCGACCUCGCCCAUGUUCAAGUCGCCAUUGCUCUGGGUGCCGGGAGUUCAGGGAAUACGGGGGGUGUCAACGCAUUUUGUGUUACUAUCCUUUUGGUGGUGCAUUUGCUUCGCAGCGAAGGCAUACAAGAUUUUGUUUUCGGACAUCUCAUCUCGGCAAACAUUAUGUCAAGCGAUACCUUGGAAAAGUAUUCAAAUUUGAUCCCAACCGAAUUUAGACGAAUGGAGACUCCCUCGCCUCCGAGCUGGGUGAGAAGUCUCCUCGCUGUUCAUAUCCUGGCCCAAGCAGGAACAGCCAUGGCGAGACGGUCUAUGGCUAAAAAUCGGUCGCAACCUCGAGCCAAAACCGGAAAACGACAAGACGCUGAGAACUCUGCUGGCAGCAACGUUGAUUCUUCUGUUCUUGAGUCCGGUACCCCGCUACCUUCAGUUGUUGGUUCGGAUGUUUUAUCUAUACCUGGUUCCAUAUCAAAGGAGGGUCGAGAUCGGGUUUCAAGUGCGAAAAAAAGAAGGCGUCAAGCGAAUGAAGCGAGACGAAUACAGCCGUUUUGGGCCGCGUUAGCAAGCACAAAAUUGACCGUAACUCGUGAGUAUGACCGAUCGAGGCAUGGAAGUUGGUACUCGCCGAGUUUCCCUGUGACCGAAGACGAUCUCGACAGGACACCACCAGGAACCGGUUUGAUUUGGAUUACUCAUGUUGAUAGCUGUUCGAUUAAAUUUGCGGCAAGCGAUUUUACUGUUGAGGAAGAUCCUAUGAUAGGUGGAACGUAUGAUGGUAGUGUCUCUGAUGCCGAAUCACAUCCGUUCUAUGUUUGCGUUAAUGGAGCCCACUGGGCACCGGUCAGCCUCUCGAGAAUAGCAGAUAAUUCUGAUGAACCUUCAUUAGUUCAUUGGAGAGGGGAAAUAGCUGGAUUGGCACCUGAUUGCGCGUAUACAUGCAGCUUCAUCCGCUAUGAUACCGAUGAGGAGAUCUGCGUUAUGAGUGUGAAAACGCCCGUUACUUCAGACACAGAUCAAGCUUCCACCACCCCAUCUAUCUCUCCCUCUCCUCGCCAGUCUUUGCGACCAUCAUCUCCGACGACCACCAUAAAGAAUUCAAUUGUUAAUGCUGAGGCUAAGCUGAAUGAGCGACGGGCUAAGCUGAAAAGAUCAAGGAAUGACCACAAACUUCAGGUAUCCAAGAUCAGAAAAGACCUCGACAAUUUUACCCAUCGCCUCAACAGUGGUGGAGAUGAAAGCAGGCAAAAGCAACGUUCCCUACAAUUGGAACGCAAUAUCCGUCAAACAGAGGAGGCAACGGCGGUCCUUGAACUUCAACUGGUCAACCUCGAGAAAAUACCAGAGGAAGAGCUGCAGGAUUGGAAAGCACGCAAAAGUGCCUUUGAGCUAGAGACUGAAAGGCUGAACUCCUUGAAAGAGGAAUUGCAUGUCGCAAAGUCUACCAUGGGGAGUAAAGUGUCUUCGGCUGAAACGGAGCUAGCCAACAUUAUACAAAAACGGGAGCGCCUUCAAAAUCGCCGGAACCGGCUUUCUGAGCAAUAUGAACGUAUUACAAAUGCUAACAAACAGGGUUUGAAUGAGCGUGAACGUCGUGCUGCCGAGCAGUUAGCCAAAGAGCAAGAAGUUGCGAGAAUCGAAGAAGGCUUUCAGGAACAGCUAACAAAUAUCACUCGUUCUCUUGAAGAGUAUCAAGUGCGCACCACCCAGCUCUGGCAACAAGCCACAGCGAUUGAACAAGCCUACCAGCAACAGCUCUAUUUGAAUUCUGGCCCACUUACUCCCGAAGGCGAGCUACCUGGGACACAGCGACCACUGAUGGACAUGAACGCUAGUAACAAUUCAAUGAGUACGAUGGCUUCUGGGAGCAAAUCGAACUUUGGAAUGGCCUUUCCGAUGCAUUCCUCUGCUGAAAGAUCAAGCCUCGCACAUCGGUCAUCAAUGUCUCCAAUCAUACAGACAUCGUUGCCGGGGGUAUUUUCGGAGCCUCACUACUACCCAUCGUCUCCUCUUGCCAACAAGCCUUCAGUCUUAGCGUCAGAGCAGGGUCGUUACCGCGAUCGCUCCAUGUCAAAUCCCUCCGCCUCCCUAUCACAGGUGGAAUACAGCACUUCAAUGUUUGCAGGCGACGGUGCUGAUCCUGAUGUUAGCCGAAGCAGUGGUAGUGCGAGCGGAAGUAGUAGUACUGGUAGUCCUCAUCCUGCUCUGGGAAAGUCUGUCUGGAGCUGAUGUGGAUGGCAAAAGGAAAAGUAGUCUAUUAGGUCUUUCAAGGCUCUGGCAAAUAUCCUUGCUUCUGUUCAGACCCUCUGUUCCUUUUCUGCAAAUAGCUAGCUAUGCAAAUCAAACUGUAAAUCGCUUGCCGCAAAUCUAAAUUUCGUAUCACAUGAG